AUGGAAACUAAUUACUAAAAAGAAACGAAAAGGCCUUAACAAGUACUUAAAAUGGCAAAAUUAAACAAUAACUACGUAGAACCAGAGGACACGUAUGAGCCAAAAAGAAGAGUAAAAAUUUAGAGUACAUUAAAUUCAUUAGAAAUAGUAUAAUAAUUAAAUGAGGAUUCUUCAACUUAUAACGGCAUUGACUACUUUGAAAGUCUGCAAUAGAAGUAACCAAGUGAAAAGAAAGAAAAGACUCCUUAAAAAAUAGAGAGCGUGUCCUCAAUUUUGGCUAAAGGAUCCUUAAGGGAAAGAUUCUCUAAUCUUCAUUUGAUUACUUCUAUUGACAAAAUGCUCAUGCAUAGUAAAUAUUCCAGUUUGUGCCACUUUUUCAAAGAAAUUGAUGAAAUGCUUUUAUUUCUCCAAAGCUAAUAAAAACCGCCAUUCUUAAAUACAAUUUACGAAUUAUUGAGCCAAAAUUCUAAAAUUAAAGUCACUUAAUAAAUUAUUCAAUAAAUAUUGGAAAUCUUUCCAAAUGCUUAUGAUAUUAAUUGGUCUUUGAAUGAAAAAUUAAUAAGAUUAGACAGAAGUGAUUUAAUCAUAAAAGCCAAUUUAAAAUCUCAUGUCUAGUUGGGGGAACGUUUACAUUACUUUAAAUAAUUAAUGUUUGAUUACAUCUAAAAAAAUGGGGAACAAAUUGGCUUAGCAGCCUUACCCUAAAAUCCAUUUUAAUAAAAUCUACAAACGAAACCUUAAGAGACCAAUGCAUUAACCAAAUAAAUCCAAUAAUAAACUUAAAAACAUGAAAUUCAAAGUCAAGUAUCAAAAGAACCAACAUAUUCUAAAGUCAGUUAAAAUUUAAUAGAAAAAUUGAAAUAAAAAAAGAAACUAGAAAUUGUUUAAACUGAUCUUUCAGCGCCAAAAAAGUAAUUAAUAGCUAUAUCUUCAUUAAUUCAUCAAUAUUUUCUUAUAAGAGAUGUUUCAAAUAUGUUCUUAACAAAUGUUUUGAAAUACAGUUUAAAUAGUUUAAAAUAGUUUAUUCUAGAUGAAAAUUAAUUAAAAACUUAUAUUGAUUAAUUAAUAAAGUUAUGUCCACAUUGGAUUCAACUAAUUGACAAUUAGAAUGGCUAAAUCUUAAGGAUGAAUAGGGAAAUAGAUUUGCCUUCUAUUAUUAGAUCUAUUGAAUAAAUGUGA